CCAGAAUGACUUUAGCCAAGGCCAAGGCGGCGUCCUUUUCGUGUCCGUGCGCCUUGUGAAGGCAAACUUGUUUGACUUGGUAUCCCUUUUACUUUCCCUUUCAAGUAACUCACGGUUUCUUUGACGGGCUUACCCUUCCUGCUCCAUCAACAUUCUCCGCUUUCCUUACGACAUCUGUAUCUCGACCGUGACGCUGCCACUGCUGCUCUUUCCGUUUUACCACCAUGUCCGAUUCUUAUAAUUCUGGCCAGCCCUGGAAUUAUCCUCGCUAUGGACAUGUUCAGUUGGAACAUGAAUACGCUUUAUCGGCCUCCGACGCUUCCCAAAAGUCUUACGAUGCGAUCCAGCCUCAGCAGAACCGCAACCUCUCUAGCUCGUAUGCACCCAAUACAUCUUUUAGUCAGUCGUACGUCUCUGGACCGCAGUCAGAACGAAUGUCAUCCUACUCAAAUGAUGGGCAGCACUCUAGGACUGAUGCUGGCCUCUACGUUCCAGAUGCAAUGUACGGCUCAUCGCAGCAGAGUCGUUUUGCCAAUGCCUUUCCUUCCAACUCUUCUCUCGGUCCGGAUUCCAAUUUCACUAUGUUCAAUGGCGCAUAUACUCUCCCGCCUGCCGGUUCCAUCUCCCCAAAUCCAAGCUCCGUUACUUCUGGACGAAUAGCCGCCCCCCCCGUUUUGUCUACUUCUCCCGCUCCGAUGCAGCGUACGUUCUCGGCGGAACCCGCUCCGCAGCUGUACUUUCAGCAUCCUUCUAUCCCCGCCAGUAGCACAUCGGCUUUGUCCCAACAACCCAAAGCCAAAAGACAGCGUCUUCCUGAUGGCGGAGCUGAGGAGGACGAUGAGGUUACGGGCGAGAAUAAGGACGAUAUUAAGGCGAAGCCCCGCGCUUGCGCCCGAUGCAAAAAUCUCAAAGUUAGGUGCGAAUUCAAGACGGACACGGAUCCAUGCAAACGCUGCUUGAAUGGCGGACAUGAAUGUGUAAUUCCUGGCAAGAAGAAGAGACGUGUUCCACCGAAACGUGAACAUUUGAUGAAUGAAAUUCGCGAGCAGGCCGAGCAUAUCCAGAGGCUCAUGGCUCAGCUCGAUGAAUCUAAUAAGAAACUCAAAGCAACCCCCGUCUCGUCAAGGUCUGAUACCAUCUCGUCGCAUAGCCCGUCCCCUUCCUUGCAUUCUCCUGUACUUUCACCGUCCUCGACCCAUGCCUCAUCAUACUUUACCUCUGACGCACCUCCGGAUUCCAAUCUUAACGUCGACACAGAAGCAAAUAAAAAGAUUGAGGCUUGGAUAGCCCAAGCCCGAUCUAGCUUCGCAGAAUUCGAAGGAUUCAUUGGUAUUGGACUGCCUAAGAGUUUCGUCGUGGACCACGAUCCUGAAGAGGAUGUCAAUCGUGAUGAUGAGGGCGGUUACGAGUUUGCUAUCGUAGACUCUGAUGCGGAAGGAUGGACUCCGGAGGCUAUCGAAAGUCGCAAAAAGGAUUUACGCCGACGCUCGUCGGGGUCGAGUGUCGAUAGUAAUGCCACUCGAGCAAGCACUGGAACUCGGAAGAAGGACUCUGGUGAUAAGUUGGCAACCUUGCCUAGUGAAGCGGUGCCCUUUGGGUUGAUGGCUGAUUUAAGUCUCAAAAAAAACCGACAUAGAGGUAGCAGCGUGGAGGCCGAAGAACAUGGAGGUGAUAAGGCGAAUGUAGGAGUGGCCAAUGAUGAGUUCUUCACCAGACCUGGAUCUAUCGCACGGAGUACUCAGGCCAGUCAAGGCAUCGAGGCUCCUCAUAUUCUGACUCGUGGUAUAAUCACACCUCUUGAAGCAGAAAAACUCUUUUCCAUUUUCUUCGAACGAAUGAAUCUGUCCUUAUCUCUUGUCGACCCAGUGUUGUAUACGGCUCAGCGGACGUGUCUACGAAGUCCUUUUAUGUUUACUGUUAUAUGUGCUAUUUCUUCCCGGUAUUACACCGAACGUCCCGACCUAUAUCCUCAAGCCAUGCAUUUUGCUCAGCUAGCGGCGGGAACUGCCUUGAUAGGCGGUCCGAAAAAUAUCGAAAUGUGUAUCGGCUAUAUACUACUGAGUUUGUACCCCGUCCCAUCCAGGAGAUGGGAGGAUCAAAGGGGUUGGCUGUAUCUUGGCCUUGCUAUUAGAAUCGCCACCGACCUGAACCUCCAUCUUCCGAACACUGCGAAACCGUUAAAUGAGAACCACGCCCGAGAAAUGCUUAAUCGCACCCGGGUGUGGCUCAAUUGCUUUAACUUGGACCGAUCAACCGGCUCUCAAUAUGGAAAGGCGCCAAUCAUCAGCAACAUGGACUACACUGCCAACCAUUCGGAGAACUGGUGGAAGAGUUCAGUCUAUAACCUGAAAAACUUCGAUAUUCACCUUAGUUGUUAUAACGCCGACCUCAGGGUAAUGGGCAGGUUCCUUGCGCGUAUUUACAAUGAUCCCAAUCACCCAACUGGUCUGAACAAGGAGGUUGAUAUCGCUCUUGUCGCUACGGAAACGGACGAAGAACUUAAGGAGCUCAAAGAGAAGUGGAUGGCGUUACUGAACCAGACCGAUCUUUCCGACCCUCAAAAUUAUUUCCGUAUCGGACUGCUCAAGCUGGCCUUCAGUUACGCCAGAUUAGUCGCACUGUCCUUUGGGUUUCAGCAUGUCUUCAGCAAGAAAUACGACGUUGAAAACCCUUUUUUGAUCCGUUGCCUUACUGCGGCUUGUGAUGUUGUUGACGUGAUGGUGAAUGAAUUGGGUCGGACCGAACAGAGAAUAUAUCUUCGUCAUGGACCGGAAGCGCAGAAGGUCUUCACAACAUUUGCGGCAGCCUUUCUAGUAAAACUUCUCCAACCGAAAUUCGCACCUUACUUGUCCGCCGACCAAUGCGAACUUAUACGGGGCCGGGUUCAAAACGUUAUCGACUUAUUUGGUUCGCCGGAGGUUGCAAUUGAUGACCGUCAUGGACCUAAGCUGUACUCCCGUUUCUUGAAAGGUCUUCUUGCAAUGGUUGUUGAUAAUCGCGGCAAGAUCCGCCGGCCCAAAUCAUCGUCUUCGAUGCCCACGGCGGAUAACGCGAGUCGUUCUUCAUCUGUCUUUCCUGCUUCGCCUGCGACGACAACUCAUUCGCUUUCCCCUCCUCCUUCGCAAGCGGCCAUGUCAUUUGAACAAUUCGCUCCUCCUGGCGGUGUUGCGGACCCGUUUGCCCCAACAGGUCUUCCAGUCGAACAAAUGGAUACAAUGCAAGGGUUGCUUGCUCCAGAUGCCGAGUAUUUCACACCGCCUCUUCCGUUUGAUAACGACAUUUUGCAGAGUAUGCAAUCCCUUACCGAUCCUUCUGUUUGGCAGGACAUCGCCUUACCUGGUUUUGACUGGAUGUCAAACUUUCGCGACACCAACUUCUCCUCGGUUCACACGCACCUCCAUUAGCAACAAAAAUUAGAUUCAUAGGGUCAGAUUUGAAUAUGGUCUUGGUCUGUAUUAUCGUUUUCUUCCUGUUGUACUAUGCAUUUUGUACAUCUAUCGAAUCACAGCUUACAUUAACUCGGA